AAAGCGUUCGGCUGGUAUGGCCGAACGUUCACGAACGGUCGCGACAUUCCUUUUUCAACUCCGUCUCGCUUUAACACCGGUUUCACGAGAGAGACGGGGUUAUCGCAGGUAUUCUAACGCGUCGUAUGGCACGCUGCUGGUAUUCUGGCGAGGUACGUUUACCUGAGUCUGACUUAUUCAGGUCCGGUAGUAGUGGCAGUGGUAGCGCCAGAUGCGGGCAGUUCCUUUUUUCUUCUGUUUUUGAGGAAAUUUAACCGUUUUUCCAACUUCUACGGUGAUUUUCCAGUGAGGGUCUUUUUGGGGGGUGGGCGAAUUUCGUGAUGUGCAAGGUGUGUGUUGUGUACUACUACUAAAGUGGGUGUUCUUCCUCUAAUAAAGUCAUUAAAUCAUGGGUAACCAUCCGUCUAAUCAUAUCCCGUUGGAGAGGAGGGAGGUGGGAAAGUUCGGGGAUCCACAUGCGAGGCGGAGCCUGCGAUCCCCCCGGAAAAUGGACCGACUGCGACGGUCGUUCCGGGAUUCGUUCCGGAAACGUAAGGACCGGGUCCCGGAAAGCUCGAAACCCCACCAAUGGUCCGCCGACGAGGCUGCGGUCAGGACCGGCACGUGCACUUUCGCUGUCAAAUAUUUGGGUUGCGUCGAGGUGUUCGACUCUAGAGGGAUGCAAGUCUGCGAGGAGGCCUUGAAAGUACUCAGAUUGGGCAGCGGGUCAAGGCGACGUCCCACGAGGGCGGUCCUGCACGUGUCCGGGGACGGUCUCAGGGUGGUCGAGGAGGAGACCAAGGGGCUAAUCGUCGACCAAACUAUUGAAAAAGUGUCUUUUUGCGCCCCGGAUCGAAACCACGAGCGCGGGUUUAGUUAUAUUUGCAGAGACGGUACCACCCGAAGAUGGAUGUGUCACGGCUUUUUAGCCCUAAGGGAAUCCGGCGAGCGACUCAGCCACGCCGUCGGCUGCGCGUUCGCCGUCUGCCUCGAACGCAAACAAAAACGCGACAAAGAAUGCGGCGUGACGAUGAUGUUCGACGCGAAAAGUUCCACGUUCACCCGCACGGGGUCGUUCCGGCAACACGGCAUCACCGAGAGGGCGGUGGACGUCGUCCCCUCGCCGAGCAACAACAAACAAGUGGCGCCCUCGAACGUCGCCUCCGUCAAUCCGUUCGCCAUCGAACGGCCCCACGCCACCCCCAGUUUGCUACAGCGUCAAGGCAGCUGUCGCGGUUUCAGCACCUUGGGUCAAAACUCGCCGUUCAAGAGACAGAUGUCGCUGCGCGUCAACGAGUUGCCCAGCAACGCCGCCCGUUUGAACUUCUACAACUCGCCGCCGAGCAGCGGCACCGCGCCCUCUGACGACAGGACCGCGGACCUUGACGUUAAACAACCCUCUGUCUCUCCUAUACCGGAAGUUUCCCCGGGUGAUUCCGUGACCGCCUUGUGUCAGCAACUGUCGCAGGGGCUCAGCCAGUUGACGCACAGCGGCUCCGACGAUUUCAACUUCAACAAUUCCACCUCGUUAAAUCAAAACACCGUCAACGUGAACCUGACCACGAUCAACAACAGUUACGGUCAAACGAUAACGGCAACGCCGCAGAAUAAUUACAACACGGCCACGCCCUUUAAUAGGAGCGCGACGGUGAACACUAGCGCCAUCGUGCCGACCAAUUCGUUACUGAACAGUUCCGGACAAAACCUGCCGAAACCGGAACAGUGGCUGGGGCAGAUCGUGAAACGGACCAGUCCGGUGCCGGGACGUCACAUGGACGGUACGGCGCCGCGUCGCACGCCAUCUUUCGGCACGCAUUCCAGGGCAAUGAGUUUGGAUUCUGCCCCCCUGACAGAAACGUCGUCGUCCAAGGACCCCUUCGACGCCGAAUGGGUGGACAUAGCCGCGAGACAAAGCGGCAACGUUGCCGGCACCAGUACUAAUCCGUUCUUAAAUCCGGCAACGUCGCCCAAUACAUUCCAGAUUCAAUUGUAAGCAUGCGCACUUCGAAUACUUGUAAAUACUUAAUUAAGCAUAUCAGAACAGGUUAGGAGGGUUUGUUUACUCGUGACGUCAGAGCGGUGUUAACAAAAAAAUAAUUUAUCAGCUGUUAUUUGUUAUUUAUAAUUAUUGUAUAAAGUAACUAGUACUUAAACCGAUCGAUGUACUUAUUAAUUUUCCCCGUUUUGUAUAUUAUGCCGUAAUGUCAAUUUGAGGUUAUGCGCGGUGCUGAAAAGUGGAGUUUUCCAGCCAGGACUGAAAUGUGCAAUUGGCAAGUAACGUAGGACGCCCGACGACCAACUUAACUACAGUAGUUUGCGACUUUUAGCGAUCUCAAAUUAUAUAACGUCAAACUAACCAUUCCACUAAUUUUAAGCCUUAAAUAUUAACGUUCUCAAAAAUUUGACACUUGUAGAAAUUACGCACCCGUUCGUCGUAUUCGAAAUGGCACACCAACAUGUACUUAACUGUAUUUAUAAUAAUAAUAAUAUAUUUGUAAUAUAAAUAAAGUGUGAUUAUAUGAGUUA